ACGCUUUCUCUCUCUACGUCCUUCUCCUCUCUCUGCUUCUCAUCUUCUUCUUCCAAGCCGACAUGUUUACUCCCUUUCUCCCCAGAACUCCAACAUCACAAAAUCAGAAAACCCAUCUCUUUCUUCCAAUCAAGGAAGCCAUAUCUAUAUCCAACAUAGCUUUUCCUAUGAUCUUAACAGGUCUUCUUCUCUACUCCCGCUCCAUUAUCUCCAUGCUUUUUCUCGGCCGUCUCGGCGACCUCGCUCUCGCCGGCGGAUCCCUCGCUAUCGGAUUUGCUAACAUCACCGGUUACUCUCUUCUCUCCGGUCUCGCCAUGGGAAUGGAACCCAUCUGCGGUCAAGCUUUUGGUGCAAAAAGGUUCAAGCUUCUUGGUCUCACCAUGCAAAAAACUAUUCUUCUGCUUCUCCUCACUUCCCUCCCCAUUUCCUUUCUAUGGAUCAACAUGAAAAGGAUCCUCCUUUUCUCCGGUCAACAAGAAGACAUCACAAGUCAAGCUCAGCUCUAUAUUUUUUGCUCUCUCCCUGACCUCAUUGCACAGUCUAUUUUACACCCUCUUCGCAUUUAUCUCAGAGCUCAGUCCAUUACACUUCCUUUGACCUUCUCGGCAUCUCUUGCUCUGCUUCUCCAUAUUCCCGUUACCUAUUUUCUAGUCUAUGUUCUAAACCUGGGAAUCAAAGGCGUCGCUUUGGGAGCAGUUUGGACUAAUUUCAAUCUCGUAGGAUCUUUAAUACUUUACAUUAUCAUCUCUGGUGUGUAUAAGAAAACAUGGGGAGGGAUCUCUGUUGAAUGCCUCAAAGGGUGGAAAUCUUUCUUGAAUUUAGCUAUUCCUAGCUGCAUUUCGGUUUGUCUCGAAUGGUGGUGGUAUGAAAUCAUGAUUUUGCUUUGUGGGUUCUUGAUAAAUCCUCGAGCAACAGUUGCGUCAAUGGGAAUUCUGAUUCAAACCACAGCUUUGAUAUACAUUUUCCCAUCUUCUCUAAGCUUUGGUGUAUCAACAAGAGUAGGGAAUGAAAUAGGCGCCAACAAUCCAAACAAAGCCAAACUUGCAGCCAUAGUUGGUGUAUCUUCAAGCUUUAUUAUUGGAUUCUCAGCAUUGUUAUUCACAGUAAUGGUGAGGAAGAUCUGGGUCACCAUUUUUACCCAAGAUAAAGAGAUUAUUGCUUUGACGUCAAUGGUUUUACCCAUAAUCGGACUUUGCGAACUUGGAAAUUGCCCACAAACGACAGGAUGUGGGGUGCUGAGAGGCAUAGCAAGACCUAAAAUGGGAGCAAACAUCAACUUGAUUUGCUUUUACGUGGUGGGUAUGCCAGUUGCGAUAUGGCUAAGUUUGUAUGGUGGGUUUGAUUUUAGAGGGUUGUGGUUUGGUUUGUUAGCCGCCCAAGGAUCAUGUGUUGUGACCAUGUUGGUGGUUUUGAUUCGAACCGAUUGGGAGUUUGAGACAGAGAGAGCCAAACAGCUCAUGACUCGAACCAUACCUACUGAUCAUCAUCAUCAUGAUGACGACAAUGAGGAUGAGGUAGCAGAUCAGACAGUGGAAGAUGACGAUGUUAAAAAUUCUCAAACUUCAUGGGCUGACACCAGAUCACACGACUCUCUAGAUAGUUUAAUUUAAUUCUUGUACACUUGGUGACGGCUAUGCUA